CAAGCCGAUACAUAUAUCAGCUGUGUUGUGGUUGUGUUGUUGUCUCUUAGCAAUGGAAACGUAGCAAUGGAAACGUCUGUGAACAUUUAGAGACGACAUCUACAGGAAGACGCUCCUUUGGAAAAAUCUAUAACCUUGAAUUAAUCUAGCUGCCUCUUUCAGAAAUCAUGGGUAAUCAGCUGGCCGGCAUAGCCCCUUCGCAAAUUUACCCAGUGGAGCAUUAUCUGACCGAUUUACCAGAGUUUACAUUUGAAAAGAAUCUUGGAAGCACACGUUUCUUUAAAGUUGCCAAGGUUAGACACAAAGAAGGCCUGGCCAUUGUAAAGGUUUUUGCCAUUCAUGAUCCUUCACUCCCACUUGGGACUCACAAGGGAGCACUGGAGAAUAUAAAGCAAGUUCUGGCCAAUGUACCAAAUACUUUACCAUUCCAGAGAGCAGUGGAGACUGACAAAGCUGGCAUAGUUAUACGCCAGUACAUCAAGGACAAUCUGUAUGACAGGAUCAGUACACGACCAUUUCUCAAUCCGAUUGAGAAACGUUGGAUUGCCUUUCAGCUUUUCCACGCCCUAGCUCUCUCUCAUCAACAUGGGGUUUGUCAUGGCGACAUAAAACUCGAAAAUAUCAUGAUCACCGGGUGGAACUGGGUGCUGCUGACAGACUUUGCAAGCUUCAAGCCAACAUACCUUCCAGAGGACAAUCCGGCUGACUUUUCAUACUUCUUUGACACAUCUCGAAGAAGAACAUGCUACAUAGCACCAGAGCGCUUUGUGAAAACAUUAAAUCCAGAUUCAAGCCAUUUCCUACCAGAGGAGUGCAUUGGGACUGGCGAUCUUACUCAAGCCAUGGAUAUUUUUUCCUUGGGGUGUGUGCUAACUGAAUUGUUCACAGAGGGGCACCCACCCUUUGAUUUUUCCCAACUGCUGUCAUACCGAAGUGGAGAGUAUACCCCUUGGAAGAUACUGGACAAGAUUGAAGAUGUCCACUGUAAGGAGCUAAUCAAGCACAUGUUGCAAAAGGACCCGGCACUGAGGCUUUCUGCAGAGGAAUACCUGGAGCAGCAAAGAGACAAAUUUUUUCCACAGUACUUCUAUACGUUCCUGCGGGACUACAUAAAAGAAUUUGCUUCGUCCCACCUGUCGCCAGACGAGAAAGUAGCGAAGCUGAGGCAAGACAUCCACGGAAUCCUGUACUCUCUCGUCACUGCAAAGCUUCCAAAGCGAGCAGAUCCUGUGGUUGACUGUGAAGGCGAUCGCAACGGUACACGCCCAGCGGUCAGUUCGGACGGGCUCCUCAUCGUGGUGGCCCUCCUCACCUCGUGCCUUCGUGCUUUGAAGCAUUGCUCAGCAAAACUGCAGGCCCUCGAGCUGAUCCAAGAGUUGACACCUUACCUCAGUUGCGAUAUUAUCCUGGACCGCUUGCUACCCUACAUGCUGUACCUAGUGAAUGACAGAUAUCAGCGCGUCCGAGCAGUGGCAAUCGAGACGCUUGUUUCAGCCCUGACGCGUGUUCAAAAUGUUCCACGAAGUGAUGCAAACAUCUUUCCGGAGUACAUUCUUCCUAACCUUGCCCACGUUGCUCUGGACAGUGCAGUGCUGGUACGAGUGGCUUUGGCAGAGAAUAUUGCAAUUCUUGCAGAAACUGCAAGACGAUUCCUAGAAAUUGCAUCGCAGCAUGACAUUGCCUCUCCAAAUACGGCGGCUAUUGAAGCAAAUGCUCAGUUCCAUCAGGCAUCGUAUGAAUCUGAGCUGCAAAUACUUCACGAAACAAUCCAACAGGUGGUCUCGGCUCUCAUGAGUGAUUCGAGCAACAUAGUGAAGCAGGUACUGCUCGAGAAAGGGCUCACUCGGCUGUGUGUGUUCUUUGAAAGACAAAAAGCUAAUGAUGUUUUGCUUUCACACAUGAUCACAUUCUUGAAUGAUAAGGAAGAUCGUCAUUUAAGGGGAUCUUUCUUUGACAGCAUUGUUGGAGUUGCUGCAUAUGUCGGCUGGCAGUGUGCCCCUAUUCUGAAGCCCUUACUCUUACAGGGUUUGUCGGACACGGAGGAGCUAGUGAUCAGCAAAACCUUGAGGGCCAUGACUGAGCUCACGGAAAAGGGGCUUUUUCGAAAGCAAAUGCUCUACGAGCUUACUUCCGAGACGGUAGCCCUCAUAUUUCAUCCUAACCGAUGGAUAAGGCAGUACACUGUAGGAUUCAUCUGUGCUGUCACUCGCUGCCUAUCAUUAGCUGACAUUCAGUGCAAGUUGAAGCCAAUGCUGCAACCAUUUCUCAAGCACCCAGUUGUUGAAGUAGAUAAAGAGGUUGUCCUCCUCAGCUUAACAUGCGCUCCUUUGCCACGUCCCGUGUUUGACUACCUGAUCAAGUUUUCACACCUGCAGUCACUACUAGAGAGCCUCUGUGAGAGACAGAUUCUGCGUUCUAUAGUAAGGCCAGGGCACCUGCCAUCAUAUUCAGAGACAGACCACACACUCAAAUCUGCAUACCGAAGACUUCAGUCAGAUGGAAUGACGGAAAAUAUGGAAGACAAGAUCCUUGCUAUGAAGGACCAUCUAAUAAAAAUUCAGAAGUACAAGAGAAGCUUACCACAAUCAAGAAACCAAGAUAUGAAGGACUGUAAUGGAGAAAUUGAUGUUGAAAAAUUGCAAACUCUGCUAGAGAUGAGGCGUACUGAUCUGCUAGCUCUAAAGAUUGGCGAAAAACCACCCGACAUACUUCCUGACCCCAGGAGUUCAAAGAGAAAAGGAGUGAUACUGGAAUCUCCACAAGUAACAAUGAAUGAGGAAUGGCAGCAUAUGUUCGGUACUGUAGAAGUGAAGAGCUCCUCACCUCACAAACAGUCACCAGCAGGGGACACAAAUUUGGCAACGGACCUACAUGUCUCCGGUGCAGAAUCUGCAGAGUCUGCAGCUCCUUCCGAAAAUUCUUCCCCUAAACAGCCACACAAGAAUUUCCAUGGCAUUGCAGUUGACACAGGGCAUUGCAACUCUUGCCAACUGGAAUUUGAGAUGUUGCUCGACAAAAAAUGUCACAACUUUGCCCGAGUGCGUGCAAUUCAGGCAGCCACUCGUGAUGCCGGCACCGACCAAAAAGCACCCUCGGCUAUGUGGCGACCGCACGGCACCUUGGUUGGUCACAUGCACGAGCACAAGGGAGCUGUGUACAGGUUACAGGUCAUACCCAAUUCAUCCCUGUUUGCAUCCUGCUCUGCUGACACCACCGUCAAGAUCUGGGACUGGGGAAAGUUGGAGAAGAAAAACAUAGCUAACCGCUCGAGGCAAACUUACACGCAGUUAGAGGGUCAAAUAACGAGCAUGACUGUGUGUCAAGGAAUGCAAUCAUUGGCCGUGGCUUCAGAUUUGGGAACGAUGCAUGUACUUCGUGUUGAGCCUAACAGCAACAAGUCAUCAGUGCUGAGGACACGGUACCUUGAUCCACACGAAGAAGGCUGUGUUGUAGACCUUCAUCACUUUGACACAGGGCUGCAGUCCGUAUUGGCAUAUGCUACAGUGUAUGGAUCUAUCACGGGAUGGGAUUUACGUUCACCAAGUACCGCAUGGAACCUGGAACAUGACCUAACCUUGGGUGUCAUCACUUCCUUCUGUGUGGAUCCCAACCACUGCUGGCUUGUCUGUGGCACGUCAAGUGGAAAAUUGAUCUGUUGGGACAUGAGGUUCCAGCUUCCCAUAAAGGUUAUAAGUCACCCCACAGGUGCUCAAGUACGACGUGUCUGCCUCGACCCUUGGCACCAGUCGGGGGUGUGGGCUGCAGUGCAAGGAAACAACGAAGUCUCAUCGUGGGACAUUGAGACUGAUGCACGGCUUAGGACACUGUGGGCUUGCAGCCAUCCCCCCUUUUCGGAGACCCACGUAUCACCACACUCUGUGUUCAGCAUGUACAUCAGUCCCAGAGAUUCAGGAAAUUUCAUACUGACUGCCGGAUCUGACAUGCGCAUCAGGUACUGGGACAUGAGCAAGCCCUCGUCGUCUUUUAUUGUAGCGGAAUCUGCUCUCAGCACACACACAUUCUUGGCAAGUUACAGAUCUAGCCUGAUUGACGGAACCAAGGUCAUCCAGGAGAAUUACAGUACUCAGCCUAAAAAGUCCUCCGGAGAGGAUGACUGGAAGAGGCUCACAGAGGAAGAAACUCCGAAGCGAUAUCCUGAAGUGCCUCGUGAGGGCCAUCAUGACUGCAUCAGUGAUAUAGCUGUGCUCCAUACCAACCGUACUUUUAUCGUUUCUGCUUCCAAGGACGGUGUGGUAAAAGUUUGGAAAUAAGUCGUUACCGUCAGCCACGUGCGUGCGAAUUCAAAGAGGCAAGCCAGAAUUUGGAGUCAUUUAAUGCUUCCAAGUGCAUACUGCAAACAUAGAGGCCUCAACCACGAUUUUUACUGUAAAUAUGUUUGAUUUUUAUGUAUAGCAAAAAAGAAUAUAAAGUAUAUUUGUUCCAGUGUGACCUCGGAUCACAGAAAGCUA